AAACCAGGCAUCUAUACAGUUUAUUCUGGUUAAAAUUAGCAGUUUGUAGAGCUGUUUGGUUAUGAUUUAGUUCUUAACCCAUCGUGUGUUUGUGCGUCCUGUGUUACUCGGUUGUUAAGGUGGUAAAGAGUUAAUAUUUCAUGUCUUUAUAGUUAUCAUCAUGCCGUACCUGAGCGGUAAGGAGACGGUGAAAGAGAUCAGGAGGGCUCUGUCCAACCCCAACAUCCAGUCCGACCCUCUGCGGUACCGGAACACCGUGCUCAAAGUCAUCAGGGCCAUGUCUCAGGGUGUGGAUGUCUCCGACCUGUUCAGUGAGAUGGUGAAAGCCUGCGCCACUGUAGAUGUGGUCCAGAAGAAACUGGUAUACAUAUUUCUGUGUAGCUACGCCCACCUAAACCCAGAGCUGUCCCUGCUGGUCGUCAACACUCUGAGGAAAGACUGCCUGGAUCCGAACCCCAUGGUCCGCAGCCUGGCCCUGAGAAGCAUGACCAACCUGAGGUUGCCCAGCUUGGUGGAGUACGUGGAGCAACCCCUGACAGCGGGGCUGAGAGACAGAGCAGCUUGUGUCCGACGGGUGGCUGUUCUUGGCUGGGCCAAACUGCACAAUCUCCAACCUGGCUCAGAAAUAGAUGCCACGGUGGUGAACGAGCUGUACAGCCUGCUGAGGGACCCCGACCCCGUGGUGAUGGUAAACUGUCUACGAGCUCUGGAGGAGAUCCUGAAGGAGGAAGGGGGGGUUGUUAUUAACAAGCCCAUCACUCAUCACCUCCUCAACAGGCUAAAGGAGUGUGAUAUUUGGGGCCAGUCAGAGGUGCUGAGGGUCCUUCAGCGAUACCGGCCCCAGUCAGAAGAUGAGCUUUUUGACAUCCUCUCCCUGCUGGAUUCAUCCCUGGUUAGCCCCCACCCUCCUGUCAUGGCCGCCACCCUCUGUCUCUUCCUGAGCCUCUGCUCCAGCCUUCCUGCUGUCAGUCAGGCAGCCUUGGAGAGAGUACGAGGACCUCUGCUGGCUGCAUGUGGGAGUGGCUCGAGGGAGAUGAGGUUUACAGCCCUCUGUCACAUACAGCUGCUGUUGUGUUCUGUCCCUGGCCUGCUGGGUGAGCACUACAAACGUUUCUUCUGUAGCUACGCUGAGCCGGCCUACAUCAAGCGGAGGAAGAUGCAGGUGCUGGUAGAGCUGGUGAAUGAUGAGAAUGUUGUAAUGAUACUGGAUGAGCUGAAGGGAUACUGCACUGAUGUCAACACUGACACUGCUCAGGCUGCAAUCUCAGCUAUUGGUCGCAUCGGACGAAGCUACAGUGACAAAUGUCUGGAGAUACUCACUGGGCUGCUUGGGCUGAAACAGGAUCAAAUAACUUCUGCGGUGGUGCAGACGAUAUGUGACCUGGUCUGGGUGUGUCCUCAGUGCAGUGAUGCUGUGUCUUUGGCCCUGGAGGGCUGUGAAGACGUUUUGCAAGAUAGUCAGGGCAAGCAGGCAUUGCUGUGGCUGUUGGGCAUGUAUGGGGAGCGUGUUUCCAGUGCCCCUUACACAUUAGAAACAUUUAUCGAUGGAGUGAGAAGUGAAACCUCUCUGGAAAUGAAGAUGGAGCUGCUGACAUCCACCAUGAAACUGUUUCUGUGUCGUCCCGCUGAGACUCAGGACAUGCUGGGAAGACUGUUGCACUACUGUAUAGAGGAGGAGCGAGACAUGUGUGUGCGAGGCCAGGCUCUGCUCUAUUACCGCCUGCUGCAUUGUGGGAUCGAAGAGACACGAAAUGUUCUCCAGGGUCGGACAUCGGACCCCUCUAUGGGUGUUUUGAUUGGCCGCCCUACUGAACCCAUUAACCAGUGGGUGAGCAGCUUUAACACCCUGGAGCCUCUGAAGCAUUGUUCAGUAGAGACAGAGUCAGCUAGCAGAGGGAGCCCAGAACACCUGGUCUCUAUUCCCAAACCAAACACACACCUUCCGGACCAGCUGGACUGUAGACAACUUGAAAUUGUUAAUUCAGGCUCAGACUAUGCCAAUCAACGUUUCCACUGCUCAGCUGGCCUUAUGUCUCCCGGCACUGAACCUCGCAUCACUUUGUCUCUUUCUCCAUCUGUCAGCCCAGAGGAGUUUCAGCGCCUGUGGAUGCAACGACAGGCUUUGCAUUCAGAACAAGUUUUAACAGAGUCAGCUGAGGGUGACAACUGCAUGUGGAUUGAAGAAACCAUCAAGUGUACUGCCAUACCCCACUGCUCCCCACAGAGCCUUCACGCCGCCAUGCAGCUCGUCAACAUCCAGACACUCGCCUUCACACCAUCACACGCUCUCCCAUGGAAAGUCUUCCUUUACACCCAUACCUUGCACGUUGACACAUCCUGCAGGACACUGGUACUUGGGGAGCUGCUGUACACUGGAGAGGAAACUCAGAACCGCUCAGCUGAUGGAGAGGUGAAGGAACAAAUGGAAGCAGAUGGAGAUAAGGAAAUAAAAGUGACUCUGCGGCAGCACCCACAAGAUGUUAGAGCCCUGAGGGCAUUUCUGUCGGUCCUUUCCACUGUACUCCACACACUUUCCUCUGAGAUGGCUAAGAUUCUCUAACGCUAAAGGAACUUUUUUUUACUUUCUGUCUCUGAUUGUGAUUAAACCCUCAUUCUGAUGACAAAUGUUAUUCAGUGCCUUGGAAAUAGACACACUGGGAAAAGAAUGCAUUGACUUAUAUACAAUAACAGCAAAACACACACUGGAGUACAGGUGCGCAAAAGCUGGUUAGAUGUUCAGGUGUUGUAAUCACAUCCACAGUGUGCUACAUUAUUAAAAACUGAAUAAAAAAAUCAACUGAAGAUCAUGAA